AUGGACCCGUGCUUUUCACUCAAAGGCAGCCAAGCAUGUCCGCUAGUUAACAAUUACUCUAUAACGUCUGGAAGCUUCCUAACAUUCUACAACUUCCUUCCACCUGUCCAGAACAUCUCACAGUUCGAUAGUGCCAUCGAAGCUUAUGCUAGCAAUCCCUCUCAAUUCGUUGACGCCGGGUGUCCAUCUAUUCCGCCACCUCGAUACACGUUGACACUCAUAUGCGCAGAUUUAGUCAACGACCCGAUAUCGCAAUCGUGCAGUGCGCUUGAUGUGAACCAAGCGUCACCGCCAAUUUGUACAGAGACUUGUGCCGAAUUUCGUGCGAGCCUGUAUGAAACACUUGGAAACAAGACGUUAUGUCCCAAGUGGAAUGGUCAGCUGGGGGCGUUGGGGCAAAGGCUUUACAAUUUCUGUAACACGUCUGGUGCAGCUGGCAAGUGUAUAUCCGGACUUGAAAACGAGGCUACGACUUGUGGCUUUUUGAACAAAACAUCCCGUUGUGAAUUCUGCUCGCAACAGAACACAACAGCUUGCUGCGGUGAUUGUCCCAAACCUACCAAUACCAGCACUACAACCUCAUCCACAUCAUCCCCAACAAUCAUAACCACAAUUGUAUCUACUGAAGCCUCAAAAUCACAAGGACUAGGCAUGCCUGCAAUGUGGGGAUUAAUAUUUGGUUCGGUGGCUGUUGUGGGAAUAGCAAUAGGGAUAGCGUUAUUUUAUUAUUGCGUUAGAGAUAAACCGAAGCACGAGCGGUUGCCAUCAAUCGAACCCCCUGCGUCUGAUCCUGCUAUUGAGAGAUCCUCAAUCGCAAGCAGCGAGACUGUCAGACGUAGUUCAGCCGUGAGAUUGGUCACUUCUCCAGAAGAUCAAACGUUCAGUAAUCUGCAGAGUAGCAAUCGGGUGAGUGACAGUCGGAUGAGUGGCAAUCCGCCGUUUGAUCCCGACAAUCUAUCAGUUGCCAGCAAUCCGGAUGUUCCAACAAAUGAGGAUCAAAAAAUUGACGUUGCAGACGUUCCGCUGAUAGACAAUGCCCUGCCUGGACCGAUCACGUUUCCGCCAGACGAAGAUAACAUUGUCAUUGUUGUCCACCCGUACACAGCCCAACUCCAGGACGAGUUGGAUCUAACUCCCAACGAUUCUAUUAUUCUAAGACGUAUUUUUGACGACGGCUGGGCAGUUGGAUAUAAUCAAAACACGCACCAAGAGGGCGCCUUUCCUAUUGUAUGUGUAGUAUAUUCACAUUUCCUACACUCGGAAAUUGGAACGAACGAUACUUUGCCUGAGAUGUCGGGUAAUAGUGAAGGUACACCGCUUGCAGGUGGCUUGACACGGGAUUCGCUUUCUAAUAGUGGGGUCAUAAGAUCUUCAUCGAUCUCUAGCAACCCUUCUUUAAGGAGACAGUUUAGUUUAACAGAAAGCUUGGAGUCCGUCCCAAGAAGAAAUUCAAGUAUGAGAAGGGCACGAGCGAGGAGUGGUGAUAAUGACGAGUUUACAGGGAAUAGGAGUAGUAUGAGGGAAUGGGGUGAACUAUAA